AUGCGCUCGUCACUGUUGCGGGCGCUCGCCCUCACCGGCACGACCUCAGCUGCUGCUGUGACGUCAACACAAGCACAAGCUGGCAUUACAACCACGGCAAUUCAAGCAGCAUCCACACCAAGAGAUGCCUGUGGCAUCGCGCAAUCGGCCGCCGAUUCGUUUCUCUCAGCAAGACCCAGCGCCACGUCCGUUCAGCUUCCUCCUACAGUGGCUUUUGAUUGCCUGAACUUGGUCCCUGUUGACAAGCAGAAAGACUUGGAUCUUCUCAACUACCUCGAACCAUACAUCAUGUUCCAAAGCACCUUGGAGCCUCUCACCGACCCUCCCGAGGGAUACUUACUCCCUGGUGUCGACGUCAUCGGUGGAAUUGGCCAAAUCCGUGCUAAACUCAUGAAGGAUGCUUACAUGAGUCAAGUGGAAUUCUCCUUGGAUCUUGCGCGAGUUUUUGCCCAAGCAUCCGACGGGCAUUUUGAUUACAAUCCCGCACUUCUCAGUGUCUUCACCUUCCGCAGCUUGACCUCCCUGGUCUCCGUCUCCGAUGAUGGUCUGAGCGUACCAAGGGUUUAUCUUUACAACGAUUUCGCCAAGUCAGCUAUCAACGACACAGACGUGUGGGACAUCAAGAGCAUCGACAACGUUCCCAUCACAGAAUGGCUUGAGGCACAAUCGUUCCAAGUCAACAGCCAAGACCCAGACGCCAAGUACAACGCUCUGUUCAGAACCAACGCCGCCAGUGACUUCCAGGGCGGAGGAAAUUAUUUUGUUCUGCGGUACGCUGGAGAGGCUCCAGAUACUCAAGUUAUCAAGUUCACUAACGGCACUGAGUACACGGAUAAGUUGGUUGCCAUCGUCGACAAGGCUUUAGUACCCUUCAUCGGUAGUCCCGAGUCUAUUCACUCGAAGGUCGAGCUUCCGCCUACCACUACCAGUUCCGCGACUAGUGCUACAUCGUCCGCCUCCCAAUCUUCAACGACGGCGACACCUACCUCCACAAAGAUUCCAGGUUACCCCUUGCCUGUCGUCAAGCACGCAAGUGAUUGGAUCUCCGGGUAUUUCCUCAACGGCAGCAAUUAUGAGGACACUGCGGUCCUCGUCGUUCUCUCUUUUGCUCCAUCAGACCUUGAUAACGCAAACGGGACGUUCGAGAUUGACGAGGCCAGACGGGUUGUUGACGAGUUUCUCGAGGAAGCCAGGGAGGCCGGCAAGACGAAGCUUGUAAUUGAUGUCCAGGCAAACGGUGGCGGAUUUGUGGCUGCUGGCUUCCAGCUUUACAACCAGCUCUUUCCCAAGGCCACAGACGUCUGGGACGGAAACCGGCUCCGCGCCCAUGAGGCGUUAAACGCCCUUGGGCUGACUGCCCAAGAAGUGUCCCCUAGGGUUCUUGCAGACUUUAACAAGGCCAAUCUCAACGAAAGCCGUCAACCCUACGAGGAGUGGCAGGAUCUUUUCGGUCCCGAGCUGAUCGCAGGCCAGAACGUUACCAACCUCUUGCGCUACAGUCAAGAUGCGUUCCCCUUCUCCCCGAGCACGGGAGACCAGGUUUUCGAUCCGCAGAAUAUCGUGGUUGUAACCGACGGAAGCUGCGCAUCAACCUGUGCAAUCUUCACUGGACUCUUGAUCCAAGAACAGGGCGUCCGCACUAUUGCUCUGGGAGGCCGUCCCAGAGAGACUGCCAUGCAGGCAGUUGGUGGAGUCAAAGGCGCAGAAGUACUCACGUUUGUCACUCUACAAGCGGUCAUUAGGCAAACUGCCCGUGACGCAAUCCGGGCCAACUAUCUCGAUUAUUUGAGGGAUGCUUUUGAUGUUCUCCCAGACGUAGGAGAACCUCCUCUGCUACCUAGUCUUGCUAGAUCUGGCGGCAAGUUCAACUACCGUAACGCUUAUUCGCGUAAAAAUGUCGACGGAUACCCACAACAAUUUAUUUACGAGGCUGCAAAUUGCCGUCUUUUCUAUACCACUGAAAUGAUUAUCGACCCGGUUGCCGCCUGGACACGUAGUGCCGAUGUCGCUUGGAAAAAUGCCAAAUGCGUCAACGGAUCAACUGUGAACUCUGACAACACAAUCGGCAAUGAUCUCGUUCCGUAUAAUGCAAAGGUCAUCGGUUCGAAUCUAGAGUAUGAGGGGCCUGGCAGUCUAUUAUACAAGGGCGACUACGAACCGCCAUCACCAUACGUUGGGCAACAAACCAGUAACAAACGAUCAAUCAUUGACGCUCUUAGCCCUCCUGAAGACUUCGAGUACGAGUUCAACAAGUUCAAGAUUGGAAGCUUGGACGAAUUUCUUGGCUAG